AUGCCGUCGUCGUUCGCCGCCAAGGCGAACUUUCCGGGUAUCGACCCGCCGAGCGAGGCGGUCAUCCGCGAUUACGACGCCAUGUCUGCGCCGGCUAAGGUCGCCAAAGCCAUGCGCGUCGUCGCGUCCCUGCGGGACUCGGCGAAGCGCGUCCGAGAGUCGAACCGACGCUCGCGGACUUCGAAAAAGCAGCGCGUCUCCAAAGGCGCCGCCGGCGCCGCGCCCGCCGGCGCCGCGCCCGCCGCGCCGCCGCGGCGGCCCUCGGGCCGGUCGCGCAAGCAGAUCUCCUACGCCGAGGGCGACGACGACGACGACGCGUCCGACGCGUCCGCCGACGACGGCUCCAACGACGUCUCCAAAGACGCCGCCGGCUCCGCGCCCGCCGGCGCCGCGCCCGCCGGCGCCGCGCCCGCCGGCGCCGCCGACGGCGCCGAAGUCAACGACUUCCACUGCGGCGCGUGCGCCCUCCGGGACACGCCGCUCAUGAUCCAGUGCGAGGCCUGCGACAGCUGGUUCCACUUCGGUUGCGUGGACCUCACCUCCGAGACGGUCCCAGACGGUGCCUUUUUCUGCGGCCGCUGCGCCGCCGCGCGCGCCGAGGAGGCCUCGGCCUCCGCCGCGCUCGUCGCGCUCGCCGUCCCGACGCUGGACGCGCCGGCCGCGCCUCACGUGCUGGACGCGGACCAUCGGCUCGUCGCCAAGCUCGGCGGCUUUUUUAGCAACGCCGCGAGCGCCCCCGUCGAGAAGCGAAAACGUGACGACGCUCUGCGAGGCCUGAAAAAGGUCCCCGACCUGCACCGCGACCUCACGCUGGUGCUCACGAGCCAGAACCAGCACUACCGGUCCCUCCGGGUCUGCUUCCAGUCGUCCGUCGUCGACGUCGUCUUCCGCCUGCUGGCCUUUACGCUGACCGACGAGUUCUUCGAGGAGGACAACAAAGUCGCGUGCGCGAUGGCGUGGCUCGCGGAACUCGUCGAGACGGUCCACGACCCGAAGACGAGGCGGUUCCUCACGGCCAAAAGAGACAUCAUCUGCCGCAUCGUCGGACGCCUCGGAAACCGGCUUCUCGACUGCGGCUUCACGGUCCAGGAGGCCCGGCGCGAGGCGCCGCGCAGCGUGCGCCCCGCGGGCGUGUGGCCCGGCGGCUCCUUCGACGGCGUUUUCGCGUGGAUCAGUAAACUCCGCGCUUGA